ACGUCGCGCAUUCGACAGCAGCCGCAUCACAACGGUUAUUCCAAGCAUUAACGGCAGAGUGAUGCGCGGGCGUCCGUUAAGCCACUCAGCAUAAAAACUCGGGAUUAUUUGCCCAAUAACUGAAUUGUUUCCACCUGCCUCUGUUGACGCUGGUUGCUCGUUCUGUAUAUAUAUGCCUCAUUUAAUAGAACAUCAUCGCCGGCAACGCCGGCACUGUCGGCGCUUGUGGGACUGCGGCAAUGCCUUCUUAUUCGAGUACGAGACGCCGCGGCUGGUUACCGUCCGCAGCUGCCGGGUGGGGGUUAUCUAUCGGAUUGUCCAGAUGUGUAUUGUUGGAUAUUUGAUCGGAUACGUGUUCUGCUACAUGCGUGGCUAUCAAGACUUCGAGAUGGCGCAGAGCAGCGUGGUGACCAAGAUCAAGGGCAUGAUGUACCGGUAUCGUGCCAACAGCACCCGCAAGGAAGUCUGGGACGGUGUGGAUUUUGUCGUCCCGCCACAGGAAAGUGAUGCGUUUUUCAUUGCCACGAGUCUGGUGUACACGGCCAAUCAGACGCAGGGACAAUGCCCAGAGGAUCCCAAUGUCGGCGCGGACGGCAUCCUCUGUCACAGCGACGAUGACUGCGCCGUGGAUGAGCCGACGCCCUAUGGGAACGGGCUGAAGACCGGACGGUGUGUGGUGUGGCAGGGCAGCGUCAGGACGUGCGAGAUUAACGCCUGGUGCCCGACGGAAAUUGAUAAAACGCCCAAGAGUGCCAUUCUGCACGGCUUCGAGACGGUCACUGUCCUCGUCAAGAAUCACGUGGCUUUCCCCAAGUUCGAUAAGAAAAGGCGGAAUAUCCUGGAUUCCAUCAACCAGACAUAUCUGCAGUCGUGCCGGUAUGAUCCCCAUACCGAUCCGCUGUGCCCGGUGUUCAGUGUGGCCAAGAUCGUCCAGCAAGCCAAUGUCAGCUUAUCGGAGAUUGCGGUGCGGGGCGGAAUAAUCGGGUUUGAUAUCUCAUGGAACUGUGAUUUUGAUUAUGAUGAGGAGUACUGUGUGCCGCACUACUCCUUCCGCCGUCUGGACAAUAAAGACGACAAAGUGGCCAAAGGAUGGAAUUUUCGGCAUGCGUAUUAUUAUUAUGAUGCCAGCGGUAUACAGCGCCGGGAUUUGGUGAAAUUGUGGGGCAUCCGCUUCGUCUUCAAUGUCAACGGGCGCGCCUACAAAUUUUCCCCGGUGAAUUUUGCCAUGAACCUGGGAUCCGGGCUGGGCUUGCUGGGAAUUGCAUCCGUGGUGUGCGAGUUCGUUCUGCUCAACUGUCUCCGCUCAAACGACGAACUUAUCGAACAAAAGUUCACCAAACUAGACCACUUAUCCAAGACUCCGCACUCGCGCACAAAAUCCACGGACCUCGGCGUGAUGAGCAAUAGUGCAUCGCGGUCGCGCAGCAACAGCGACUUCCUCUUAACGGUUCUCCCGCACUCUCUGGGGUCACCCCGAAGCAGUGCGCCGUUUUCGCCGGUACACGGGCACGGACCACCGCUGGUUACGAUGGAUGAUGUUUAAGUUAACGAAUCCACUGUCACGAAUCUUAACGAAGCAUGAUGUGUUGUCGAGACCAAUGUCCAAAAAAGGAACAUAUUUACAGCUUGACAGUAGCAAUACAGUUUAUGGAUAUCGUUGUCGAAAGAGACCUGUUAAAAUUUAGGAUCUCGUCUUCGUGUAUUGUAGUGUGCGCGCAAUAUUAUACAGACUAAUUUCUAUACCGUCAAUCGCAAGUACAGAGUACGGUCGCAAAGGUCAGA